AUGUUUAAAGUAAAGACUUUAUUAUUUCUACUAUGCAUACUUUUUGGAUUUUAUUAUCUUUUUUUCUUUAAAAUUCCAUGGCUGUGUUUAUAUGAUGAUGACGCAUGUCGUACUUUACGCCUUGGAUUAAAUGCACAAUCAAACGAUAACAAAAUAUACUCAAAUGAUCCCAAAACAUACUCAAAUAAUACCAAAAUACACUCAAAUGAUACCAAAAUAUACUCAAAUGAUACCAAAAUAUACUCAAAUGAUACCAAAAUAUACUCACAUGAUACUAAAAUAUACUCAAAUGAUACCAAAAUAUAUUACCUUGUAUUAGGUGAUUCGUUUGCACAUGGUGUUUUUAAACCUAGUGACAAGGUAGUUCAUAGUUAUUCUUAUGCAGACGCUUUAUAUGAACGUCUCAAAGAGACAAAUCCAAACAUUGUACUCAAAAAAUUUGCGCAUGGCGGUCAUAACACUGGAAAACUUAUUAGUGAACAGUUAGGCGAAGCUACAAAAUUUAUGAAACAUAAUAGGGGUUUAAUAAAACUUGUUACAAUUACUAUUGGAUUGAACGAUGUUGAACGCUGUCUUAAAACUAGUCCUUCCAAAUGUGACAUUAGGAUUCACAAAAUAGUGAACAAUUUAAAAAAUACGAUAAUUCCCAAGUUGAAGAAAGCAGGAGGUAAAGAUGUACAAUAUUGGGCUACUACAUAUCAUAAUGCACACGCAAAUCUUGAUCAACUCAGUGACAGUUUGAUUAAAGUUUACAGAGAGAAUGGUUUCAAUGUAGUGGAUAUGAGAAAAAUUAUUACAAAAGAAACAGCGUUAAACUAA